AUGGCGGGAACGAGGCUUCGUUCGACCAACUUUCGCCAAAAGCAUCAGCUGACGCCCAGUCUCCUCUCAGACUACCAGGCUGCGAGGCUGCUGUGUCGACAGUUGUAUGCUAAGUCACAGUAUGUUGUGUCUCGCUAUCUGCUCGUUAUGGAGCGCACCGUGGUUGAUCAGCUGGAUUCUCAGCUUGCCGAAAUCCAGACACCAAACGAUCAUACGGGAGCUUCCAGUCAGCGUAGAGGUGGAUCGUUCGAGGUACCUGGAAGGCAGGGGACCGUCCAGGGUGUUGAAAUGAGGUACCUGAGAAGACUGGGCAGCAAAGUCACAGUGCCCACCAUUGAAGGUACCGCUGACCAGCGGUACAAAACCCGGGCUUCGCGGGUACGAGGUGCUAAAGUCACGCCUGGUAGACAGACCCUGGCUUGCCUAGGAGCUCCGCGAGUCAACUGUCCGUAG